AUGUUGGCGUGCUGGGAGGCUAACCCCUCAGACAACCCCACUGGCCUACUGGAAACACUGUGAGACCUGCUGGAGGCCCGGGCUAAGCAUGUAACAGAUACACACUCACUCAUUCACACAGCUGUUUGUGUGUGAUAAGGAUGGGAAGGACUACAUUCCCCUGGGCACACACACUCACCAGCCUGCGGUACGGCUAGUAACAGUAGGUAGAGUCCAAUGGGUUGUAGUUGGUCAUGUUUUCAUUGUGUAGGUGGUCUGUUCCAGCUACAUGAACACCAGGAGCACAGCAACACUCAGGACCUUUGAGGAGCUGCCAUGCAAGGACCUGCCUGGCCCUGACGUGAGGACACACACCUGCCUGGCCCUGACGUGAGGACACACACCUGCCUGGCCCUGACGUGAGGACACACACCUGCCUGGCCCUGACGUGAGGACACACACACCUGCCUGGCCCUGACGUGAGGACACACACACCUGCCUGGCCCUGACGGGAGGACACGCAUUGAUUCCCACCUAUUCUCUAACUGACACCAGACACGGAUGCUUGUCCCUGAGGUCAGUGUCUGUUGUGUUGCUAUGUUUCAGAAUGAGCAGUGUAACAGUGUCACACACACACCAAACAUGUUCUUGUGCGCUCGUACACAAACACACACAGACUCAGACACACAUGCACUAAUGUGUAUAACUGGUGUGUUUCAGGAUGAGCAGGGUGACAGUGGCAUGGUUCUGCCCUCUGGGGAGCUCAAACGUCUCAGAUGGAACAGCGGCUCCAAGAGCAGGAGCCUCACAAGGUCACCACCUCUAACCCCUGACCUCCAACCCCUAAUUGACUUAAAAUAAGUGUAUUUUCUGUUCUGAAUUGAGGGUUUGUGUGUUUGCAGGUUCUUCACCAUCAGUAAGUGCAGGGAGAACCUGGUGCCCUGCAUGUGUAAUGACAUCACUGGUCUUCAUGAAGACGAGCUGCCUGUCCUCCCAUGCGACUGUGACGAGGGCUGUUCCCCUCCGCCCAACUACAACUCUGCCUUCCUCUACCCCUCCCUCUAA